GACAACACCAUACUGGUUUCCCUUUUUUUCUUUAUCACUGCUGGAUUUUCUGAAGAGGUUUGCCUCAGAGUAUACUGUAAUUUUAAUUUCAAUGAGUUUUUAACAGAAGUGAUGUUCGCUUUUAUUUAAUUUUUUUACAAUCUUUUGUUGACUAACGAUGGAGUGAUUGUGUUUCAACUUCCACGGUGUUCAUACUGGAGCUUAUGAACUGCGUCUUUUGCGCAGAAUGAAUUACAGCUCCACCAAACGAGCGCUAGCUGUGCUUAUUACCUGCACAUUUUUAAGUCUUCCUUAUGGCUAUAACGGAGAAGCUCCACAUAAACCAAAUGCAGGGGCCACGAUUUUGCCCCAGACUAAGCCUGAUAAUGGACCCCAGGCUUAUCCAGAGGAUGUGCCUUCAAAUUUACCUGUGUUCACUAUGGACUAUCCCAGAAUACAAAUCCCGUUUGAGAUCACGUUAUGGAUGCUUCUGGCCUCCUUCGCAAAAAUCGGUUUUCAUGUGUAUCACAAGAUAACGAUCUGGGUGCCAGAGUCAUGCCUUCUCAUAAGCAUCGGUCUGAUUGUUGGCGCCAUCAUGCACUCAGUCCACGAGGAGCCUCCAGCUGUUCUCAGCAGCAAUGUCUUCUUCCUUUACAUGCUCCCCCCUAUCGUCCUGGACUCGGGCUACUUCAUGCCCACCAGGCUGUUCUUCGAGAACGUGGGCACCGUGUUGUGGUUCGCAGUGGUGGGGACCCUCUGGAACAGCAUCGGCAUCGGCGUGUCCCUGUUCGCCAUAUGCCACAUCGAAGCGUUCGGCGUGCAGGACAUCAACCUGCAGGAGAACCUGCUGUUUGCGGCCAUCAUCUCAGCCGUGGACCCCGUGGCGGUUCUCAACGUCUUUGAGGACAUUUCUGUGAACGAGCAGCUCUACAUCGUGGUGUUUGGAGAAUGUCUCUUUAGCGACGCCGUCACUGUGGUGUUGUACAGCAUGUUCACCUUUGUGGCGGAAAUGGAGGUGGUGGAGCCCGAAGAUGUGUUCUUGGGAGUGGCGAGGUUCUUUGUGGUCGGCCUUGGGGGGAUGGGCUUUGGCGUCCUUUUUGGUUUUGUGGCCGCCUUCACAACAAGAUUCACCUCCAAGGUCAGAGAAAUCGAACCCCUCCUCAUCUUCAUGUUCAGCUAUCUGGCGUACCUGGUGGCCGAGCUCUUUGCCAUCUCCUCCAUCAUGGCCAUUGUUUGCUGUGCCCUCACCAUGAAGUACUACGUCGAGGAGAACGUUUCCCAGCGUUCUUCCACAACCAUCCGGCACGUGGUCAAGAUGCUCGGCUCUAUCUCGGAGACCCUCAUCUUCUUCUUCUUAGGCGUCGUCACCAUAACAACCGAGCAUGAGUGGAACUGGGGCUACAUCCUGUUCACGCUGCUAUUUACCUUUUUAUGGAGAGGUCUGGGUGUUUUGGUGCUGACUCUGAUCAUUAACCCUUUCCGAACCAUCCCAUUCAAUAUGAAGGAUCAGUUCGGUUUGGCCUACGGAGGACUGCGGGGCGCCAUUUCCUUCGCUCUGGCCUUCACACUUCCUGACAGCAUUGGCCGGAAACAGCUGUUCAUCACUGCCACCAUCGCAGUAAUCCUCUUCACAGUGUUUCUCCAGGGCAUCAGCAUCCGACCUCUGAUUGAGUUAAUCAACGUACGGAGGACCAAUCGUGACGUAGAGACCAUCAAUGUAGAGAUUCACAGCAGGCUCAUGGAGCACACAAUGGCAGGAAUAGAGGAUCUCUGUGGACAGUGGAGUCACUUCUACUGGAAGGACAAGUUCAUGAAGUUCAACAACCGAAUACUACGUAGGAUCCUGAUCCGAGACAGCAGGGCUGAGUCCAGUAUUGUCGCGUUGUACAAGAAGCUGGAGCUGCAGAACGCCAUGGAGAUCCUGGACACGGUGUCUGGGGACAUCAGUGCUGCUCCUUCCCUCGUCUCUCUUCAGGGAGAGAAGAAAGAAUCUACUACUCCAAAGAAGACAUUCAUGGCUGAGGACCUGAAAAACAUGCACGACCUCCUUUCCAAGAACAUGUACAAGAUCAGGCAACGGACGGUGGCAUUUACGAGUAAGCAUGCUCUGCCCAAUGACAACCAGCCCAGAGAGAUCCUGAUCAGACGCCACGCCAACAUCCGCCGAAGCCUCCGUCACGGCAGCUUUCAGUCAACAAUUCCAAGGUCUCAGAAAUAUUUCUCACUUCCUACUGGACAGAAUUUGGGGUCAAAAUAUUCAUCUGUGAGGCGGCGUUAUGCAGAUGACCAUGAAACCAUGUCAGAGGUAGCCUAUCCUACCCGGCGCUCUCGAUUCAACCAGCCCAAACGCUCCUCCUCCGGAGCCAUGAUGCCUCUUCACAUGCUGGAAACUCUGAAGGAAGUUCCCUCCACUGAUGUCCUCAAUGAAAGCCAGAGUGAGAGCUUCAGCAAAGACCACGGCAAACCCCAGACUGGCUCCUCUUACAGUGAUUCCCGCUUCCCAACACAUCGUCGCCACUUCAACCCUCCUUUUGACAAUAACAACGGCUCUGCUGAUGACUUAAGAAAUGAGGAUGAGGCAGAAGAGGAGCAGCGGCGGCGGCAUCGUGGGGCUUUGAGGCCUCCUCCCAGCUGGGCAGCUGAACCCAGAGACGAUGCGCUUCGAAACCCUCUGCUCAGACGGCCGCAGUGGAACCCAAAAAAGUAAAUGACUGCAUCAAAUAGAACCUCAAAUUGUAAAAAAAAACAACAAAUCUUUGAAUGUCCUGACUUUUACUUUCAAAGAUGAAGGCAAAUUUAUACUGGAGGUCUUGUUUUCCCAUUUUUUCAGCAUAAAGCCCCAGCUCAUAGGAGCACCUUGUAGAAAAGAGGUGCAAUGCGCAUCAGAGACACAGCGCACUACUGUGUUGCCAUUUAAAAUGUUAUUAUUAAUUUUU